UUUUUUUUUUUAAGAUGGAGUCUCAAGCUGUCUGCUCUGGGUAAAGUGCUGUGGCAUCACAGCUCACAGCAACCUCAACUCUUGGGCUUAAGCCAGGGGUUCUCAACCUGUGGGUCGUGACCCCUUUGUAACAAUGAAAAUGCAUCGCGGCAUUAGGAAGGUUGAGAACCACUGGUUAAGUGAUUCUCUUGCCUCAGCUUCCUAAGUAUCUGGGACUACAGGUGCCUGCCACAACACCCAGCUAUUUUUUGGUUACAGUUCUCGUUGUUUGGCAAGCCCAGGCUGGAUUCGAACCCGCUAGCUCUGGUGUACAUGACUGGUGCCCUAGCUGCUGUGCUGCAGGUGUUGAGCCUGAGGAUGCUCUCCUUUGGGAUUGGCAAACAACCAUUUGGGGAGCCUUUGCUUGUUCAGGCAAAUCGGGAGCGGUGCUGAGAAAAAUUUCCUUACUAGAUGACAUUUCAUCGCAAUGUCCGAUCGUUUGGGGCAAAUAACCAAGGGCAAGGAUGGGAAAAGCAAGUAUUCGACUCUCAGCCUGUUUGACAAGUAUAAAGGAAAAUCAGUAGACGCCAUUAGACCCUCAGUUAUUCCUAGACAUGGCUUACAGAGUCUCGGGAAAGUUGCCACAGCCCGGCGUAUGCCACCGCCUGCAAACCUGCCAAGCUUGAAGUCUGAAAACAAAGGAAACGACCCCAACAUUGUCAUAGUACCCAAGGACGGUACAGGAUGGGCAAACAAGCAGGACCAGCAAGACCCAAAGAGUUCCAGUGUGACGGCCUCUCAGCCGCCGGAGUCGCUGCUGCAGCCGGGUUUGCAGAAGUCUGUCUCCAAUUUGCAGAAACCGACACCAUCAAUCAGUCCGGAGAAUACAAAUUCAGUGCCAGGUGGACCAAAGUCAUGGGCACAGCUGAAUGGAAAGCCAGUAGGACACGAAGGUGGUUUAAGGGGCUCAAGCCGACUGUUAUCCUUCUCUCCCGAGGAAUUUCCGACGCUGAAAGCAGCUGGAGGGCAGGACAAGGCUGGCAAAGAAAAGGGCGUCUUAGAUCUGUCGUAUGGGCCAGGACCAAGCCUCCGCCCUCAGAAUGUGACAAGCUGGAGGGAGGGCGGUGGGCGAAACAUAAUUUCUGCCACGUCUCUGAGCGCCUCCCCAACUGAGCUGGGCAGCAGGAACUCGAGUGCGGGAGACGGAGCCCCCUCCUCGGCAUGCACCAGCGAUUCUAAGGACCCCUCUCUCCGCCCGGCUCAGCCUGUCCGAAAAGGGGCUUCACAGUUCAUGGGAAAUGUAUACCACCCACCUACAUACCAUGACAUGCUUCCUGCUUUUAUGUGUUCGCCACAGUCAUCAGAGAACCAGGGUACAGUGGAACGAGGCUCUUUUCCCCUUCCUCAGCUCCGCCUUGAACCCCGUGUUCCUUUUAGACAGUUCCAGAUGAAUGACCAAGAUGGAAAAGAAAACAAGCUGGGGACGGCUCGGCCUCUCCGCCCACUGAGGCAGCUGGUGGAACGGGCGCCACGGCCUACCAUCAUCAAUGCAGAGAACCUAAAGGGUCUCGAUGAUCUGGACACUGAUGCUGAUGACGGCUGGGCAGGCCUCCAUGAAGAAGUGGACUAUUCUGAGAAAUUGAAGUUCAGUGAUGAUGAGGAGGAGGAAGAAGUUGUGAAGGACGGCAGGCCCAAGUGGAACGGCUGGGACCCAAGAAGGCAGCGGCAAUUGUCGAUGAGCUCUGCGGACAGUGCUGAUGCCAAGCGUACUCAAGAGGAAGGCAAGGACUGGGCCGAAGCAGUGGGCAUGUCUCGUGUUGUCCGAAAGGUUCCAGAACCUCAGCCCCCUUCCAGGAAGCUUCAUGGCUGGGCAUCAGGCCCUGACUACCAGCAGAAGCCCUCAACGGGCAGCGUGUUCCGGCAACAAUCCGUUGAGGAGAAGGAGGACAAGCCGCCCCCACGCCAGAAAUUCAUCCAGUCAGAGAUGUCUGAGGCCGUAGAACGAGCCCGAAAGCGCCGGGAAGAAGAGGAGCGCCGUGCGCGGGAGGAGAGGCUGGCUGCCUGUGCUGCAAAACUCAAGCAGCUGGACCAGAAGUGCAAGCAGGCCCGGAAGGUGGACGAGGCCCGGAAGCAGGUGGAGAAGGAAGUGCCCCGGUCUCCCAGCACCGAGAAGGUGUCCCCGCAGGAAAACGGCCCUGCCAUCCACAAAGGCUCCCUGGAACUCCCUGCCCAGGAAGCCCCCACCCCGUUCUCCGAAGAGGCACCUGCAGUGUCCCUAGCUGGGGCUCAGAGCAAUAACAGUGAGGAAGAACCCAGGGAGGCUGGAUCCCCAGCACAGGAGUUGAGCAAGUAUCAGAAGUCACUUCCUCCCAGAUUCCAGCGCCAGCAGCAGCAGCAACAACAGGAGCAGCUGUACAAGAUGCAGCACUGGCAGCCGGUGUACCCUCCACCCUCCCACCCCCAGCGCACUUUUUACCCACACCAUCCCCAGAUGCUGGGCUUCGACCCCAGGUGGAUGAUGAUGCCUUCCUACAUGGACCCUCGGAUCACGCCCACACGGACCCCCGUGGACUUCUACCCUUCUGCUCUCCACCCUUCAGGACUAAUGAAACCCAUGGCACCUCAAGACCCUCUCAGUGGGGCUGGCCGUCGCUCUGAGGAUCAGAACUGUGUGCCCCCACUCCAAGAGAGAAAGGUGACCACUGUGGAUCCAGCUCCUGUGUGGAGCCCAGAGGGCUACAUGGCCUUGCAGAACAAGGGCUACUCGCUUCCCCACCCGAAGUCGAGUGACACUUUGGCUGUGGACAUGCAUGUCAGGAAUGAAAGCUCUUACUCUGCCUCACCGGGAAGGUCCGGGGGCGUAGGUGCCCAGCGCGAUCUCUUUGAGGAGAGAGGGGAGGAGUACUUGAGUGCUUUUGACAAGAAGGCCCCAGCAGACUUUGACAGCUGUAUCUCUUCUCAGAGAAUAGGCCAGGAGCUUUUGUUUCUGCCCCAAGAAAGUGUUCAGGAAGCAGGUGCUCCUGGGGGUCACACUCAAAACCUCAGGUGUUCCCCAUUGGAGCCUGACUUUGUCCCAGAGGAGAAAAAGCCAGAGUAUGGCAGUUGGGACGUUAGUCACCAGCCAAAGUCCACUGACACAGCCCGUGGUAUCGAGCAGGAGGCGCCCCAGGAGGGGCCGUCCUUUAACAUCUCCUGGGAGAAGGAUGGGAGCCCCAACAAACAGCCGUCUGCAGAGCCUGAUUGGACUCCUGAACCUCGGAGCGCCAGCAGCCAGCAACAGGAGCAGACGGGCAGGACUCGGAGGUCAGGCCCCAUCAAGAAACCCGUCCUAAAAGCCCUCAAGGUAGAAGAUAAGGAGAAAGAGCUGGAGAAGAUGAAGCAGGAGCUCGGGGAGGAGCGGCUGGCCAAAGAGAAGGAACAGGUUGGAAAGAUGGAGAAGGACGAGGAUGAAGAGAAUGACCCCACCCUGGCCAACUCCUCCCCCUCUACCCUAGAGGACAAGGCCCCCACCCAUGCUGCUUUGGGCCAUGAGGCCAAUAAGCUUGAAGAGGAUGAGAAGCCUGAGAAGUCCUGGGAAACCAGACCCUCACGAGAAUCCAGCGAUGUUCCCCCAACCAAGAGAAAUAACUGGAUCUUUAUUGAUGAGGAGCAAGCCUUUGGGGUCAGAGGGCAGGCCCGGGGCCGAGGCCGUGGUUUUAGAGAGUUCACUUUUCGUGGUCGGCCUGCUGGUGGCAAUGGAAGCAGCCUCUGUAGCGGGGGGGUCCUGGGGACUCGCAGUAUCUACAGCAGCAGCCAGCGAGGGGGCCGGGGCCGGGGCCUGCGUGAGUUCUCCCAGCCCGAAGACUGCCCCAGAACCAAGCCCCGGCGGAGGAUUGCCAGUGAGACGCAUAGCGAGGGCUCCGAGUACGAAGAGCUGCCCAAGCGGCGCCGGCAGAGAGGCUGUGAGACUGGGAAUGAGGGCUUGCUCCUAGAGAGGGAGGAUGGUAUUGCGAAGAAAGGUGACUGCAGGGAUUCCUGGCGGUCCAAUAAGGUGUACUCCGAGGACCACAGUGGUCUGGAUGCUAAGAGCCGAGGCCCUCGGGCCUUUGGGCGAGCCCUUCCUCCGCGGCUGAGCAACUGUGGCUAUGGGCGGAGAACCUUCAUCUCUAGAGAGUCCCCCCACCGGCAGAGCAAGAGCCCUGGCAGCCCCUGGCAGGAGUGUGGUGCCUCUGACUCGUGUGGAACCCGGCGGCCCAUGGACAGAGGCUACACCCCAGACUCCUGCCGGCACUCUGAGUCAUUUGGCAGCAGGGCCUUUGAGGACAGCCGCUUGGAGGACAAGAGGUCCUUCUUCCAAGAUGACCACAUGGCAGACUCUGAAAAUGUAGAGAACCGGCCCUUUAGGAGAAGGCGCCCCCCACGCCAAGACAAGCCCCCCCGCUUCAGGCGCCUCCGGCAAGAGCGUGAGUCACUGGGCCUGUGGGGGCCUGAAGAGGAGCCCCAUCUGCUGGCGGGUCAGUGGCCAGGCAGGGCCAAACUCUGUCCUGGGGACAAGAGCAGCACUGUGGGUCACAGGUCCCCUGAGCUCUCCUACCAGAACUCCUCUGACCAUGCCAACGAGGAAUGGGAGACAGCCUCUGAGAGCAGUGACUUCAGUGAGCGGCGCGAGCGGCGAGAAAGCCAUGGGGCUGAGCCUGACCCCCAGGGGGACGCUGGCCUGUCUGGGGCCAGUUUGGGUGAGAAGAAGGAGCUGGCCAAGAGGAGCUUCUCCAGCCAGAGACCCCUGGUUGACAGACAGAGCCGAAAGCUGGAGCCGGGAGGGUUUGGGGAGAAGUCCAUUAGGCCAGGUGGUGGUGACACUUCCCCCCGUUAUGACAGCCAACAGAAUGGGACGCCUUUGAAAGCCAAAAGGUCCCCAGAUGAGGCCUUGCCUGGAGGUCUUAGUGGCUGCAGCAGUGGGAGCAGCCACUCCCCCUGCAGCCUGGAUCGGGCGGCCCAUGCCAGCACUGAUGUUUCUGAAGCCUCUAGUAAGAAGGCAGAGAAAGAAGCCAAGUUGGCUGCUCAGAGGGCAGGAGAGCUGGGAGAGACCAUGAAACAGUUUGACCUGAACUAUGGAAAUGCCAUCGUUGAAAAUUGUGGUUCCGGCCCUGGAGAGGAGAGUGAGGUGGGCUCUAUGGUGGGUGAAGGCUUCAUUGAAGUCUUGACCAAGAAGCAGCGCCGCCUGCUGGAGGAAGAGAGAAGAAAGAAGGAGCAGGCCGUGCAGGUGCCUGUCAAAGGUCGAGGUCUUUCCUCUCGUAUUCCUCCUAGAUUUGCAAAAAAGCAAAAUAACUUGUGCCUGGAACAGGGCGAUGUGACCAUGCCUGGCAGCAGCCUAGGCACUGAGAUCUGGGAGAGCAGCAGCCAAGCAGCUCUCCCUGUGCAGGCCUCAGCCAGUGACUCCUGGAGGAAAGCAGUCACGGCCUUCAGCAGCACUGAGCCUGGCUCUGCAGAGCAGGGUUUUAAGAGCAGCCAGGGGGAUAGUGGUGUAGACUUGAGUGCCGAGUCCCGCGAGUCGUCCGCCACCUCCUCACAGCGCAGCUCCCCAUAUGGUACUCUGAAGCCAGAAGAGAUGAAUGGACCUAGCCUGGCGGAACCCAAGGCCGACAGCCACAAGGAGCAGGCUCAGAAGCAAUCUGAGCAAAAGGAUUCAGAACAAGGCUCAGGACAGAGCAAGGAGCACAGACCAGGACCCAUCGGCAAUGAGCGUUCUCUGAAAAACAGGAAGGGCUCUGAGGGAGCCGAGCGGCUGCAGGGGACUGUUGUCCCACCUGUUAAUGGGGUAGAGAUUCACGUGGACUCUGUGCUACCUGUGCCACCCAUUGAAUUUGGAGUCAACCCCAAAGACUCUGACUUCAGCUUGCCGCCCGGUUCUGCCUCUGGUCCUACAGGGAAUCCAGUUGUCAAACUUCAUGACGCCUUGGCCAGUAAUGCGGGGCUAACACAGAGUAUUCCCAUCCUCCGGCGGGAUCAUCACAUCCAGAGGGCCAUUGGCCUCUCCCCAAUGUCCUUCCCCACUGCAGACCUCACUCUGAAGAUGGAGUCUGCACGCAAAGCCUGGGAAAACUCCCCCAGUUUGCCAGAGCAGAGCUCUCCAGGAGGAGCCGGCUCAGGCAUCCAGCCCCCGUCCUCCGUGGGCGCCUCCAACGGGGUCAGCUACAGUUCCUUUGGCGGAGUGUCUAUGCCACCCAUGCCUGUGGCCUCUGUAGCACCUUCUGCUUCCAUGCCAGGCAGCCACCUCCCGCCUCUGUACCUGGACGGCCAUGUGUUUGCAAGUCAGCCCCGGUUGGUUCCUCAAACGAUACCUCAGCAGCAGAGUUACCAACAGGCUGCUGCUGCCCAGCAGAUCCCGAUCUCCCUUCACACAUCUCUGCAGGCUCAAGCUCAGCUUGGACUGAGGGGGGGACUGCCCGUCUCCCAGUCUCAGGAGAUCUUCAGCUCCUUGCAGCCCUUCAGGUCUCAGGUGUACAUGCACCCCAGCCUCUCUCCACCCAGCACCAUGAUCCUCUCUGGGGGCACAGCCCUGAAGCCUCCAUACUCGGCGUUCCCAGGGAUGCAGCCCUUGGAGAUGGUGAAGCCCCAGUCUGGCUCACCCUACCAGCCCAUGAGUGGAAACCAAGCCCUGGUCUACGAGGGCCAGCUCGGCCAGGCUGCAGGUCUGGGCGCCUCCCAGAUUUUGGACUCCCAGCUCCCACAGCAGCUGACCAUGCCACUGCCUCGGUACGGCUCCGGGCAACAGCCACUGAUCCUGCCCCAGUCCAUCCAGCUGCCACCAGGGCAGAGCCUCUCUGUUGGGGCCCCCAGAAGGAUUCCUCCACCCGGGUCCCAGCCGCCAGUCCUGAACACCAGCAGAGAGCCCUCUCAGAUGGAGAUGAAAGGCUUCCACUUUGCCGACAGUAAACAGAAUGUUCCUGCAGGAGGGCCCGUGACAUCACCACAGACCUACAGGCCUAGCUCUGCUAGCCCCAGUGGGAAGCCCUCUGGAUCAGCAGUUAACAUGGGCUCUGUGCAGGGACACUACGUUCAACAGGCAAAACGAGUGGAUGAAAAACCCAGCCUGGGAGCCGUGAAGCUGCAGGAAGCCUCCUCAGCUGCCUCCCAAAUGAAACGAACCGGAGCAAUCAAACCUCGGGCGGUCAAAGUGGAGGAGAGUAAGGCCUGAAGGUGCCUGGCUGCCACCUGGCCUUGCCCUGCUGGGGACGGUGCCACCACUCGGCCUCAACACAGCCGGUCUGAGCAGGGAGCCUCACCAGGUCCACCGUCCAACCGCCUGGCCAGACUGAGAGCUCUCCCUCCUCUUCUCCACUCCUGAAAGCUCCAUUGUCAACCAGCUUGCACCCGUGGAUACAUGGCAUUGACCUGCUUGCUUUGAUACGAUAUGAAACAAGCAACACCACCUUCCUCCCCGUUGCUUCCUCCCACCUGACUGUGGAGCGCAGAUCCCUUUCUGUCACCUGCUCCCGCAGGGCACUUCCCGGCAGUGCUUCCGGCCCGCUGCCCCACCCCCAGGCAGAGUGGUUUGGCAGCAGGGACAUUUUAGUUUGAGGCUUUUUGUUUUAAAAAGCAGCCAAGGUUUUUACAAAGGGGAAAGUAAAACAAAAACGCAA